AUGUUCGUUCGAUCACCUCGCAUAUCCCUGCCAGUGCUUGCAAGAUGCACGCGGUUCAGCACCGCAAACACACCCCACGUCAAUGAACCCUUGAAGACGAGCAUCAAAUCGCAAACAAACUCAGAGCCACGGUCUGCAUUGACGGAGCCUGAGCUGGCCUCGAUGGUCAUCAGAGGACGUGCCAUAUACCCGCCUACGCCCCUUCCGCGCCCGCACAACAUUCCAGUGGCAUCCCUCCACUUCCGCUCGCAUCAUCCAUUCCUACUGGACACGUUCGCGCACUUCGCGGAACACGCAGCCAGUGCGCUUGGCAUACCUGCUUCGCGGCCGGUACACCUCCCUACUCAGCGCUCGAUGUGGACUGUCAUCCGUGGGCCUUUCGUUCACAAGAAAAGUCAGGAGAACUUCGAACGACGAGUACACAAACGAGCCAUCAAGGCAUGGGACGCCGACCCAGAGAUCGUGAACAUGUGGGUGAAAUACCUCAGAAAGCACAUGAUGCCGGGUGUUGGGAUGCGGGUGACGAAAUGGGAAAGGGCUCCCGUGGGCAUUGGCCAACAAGUGUUCCAACGUGGAAUGGAGAAAUUACGACUGGAUACUGAUGCGGCGAAGGUCAGGGCGUUGGCAGACAAGAUAGUGCAACAAGAGUUGAUGGCAAGCGAUUCUGAUACGCCCCUACAAACCGUCGCAGACAAGCAAUCAUAA